AUGGUGGAGGAGAUGGAUGAGGAAGGAGUUAUGGCGGCGAAGAAGAUAACGAUUGGAGUCUGCGUCAUGGAAAAGAAGGUGAAAUGUGGCUAUGAGGUUCUUUCUCUAAUUUUUAUUUUUUUUACGCUGGAUCAUGUGUUUUUUCUUCGCGUGCUGGUUCUGCUUUCUUCGUGGAAGCGGACACACUCGCAACGAGUCUUCGUGAAUGUUUUGAUUCAGUGGCUCUGUCUUGUAUCAAAGGUUUUUUCGGCGCCUAUGGAGCAGAUUCUUCAGAGAUUACAAGCGUUUGGUGAAUUCGAGGUCGUAUAUUUUGGGGACAAGGUCAUUCUUGAAGAACCAAUUGAGAGCUGGCCAGUGUGCGAUUGUUUGAUUGCUUUUCAUUCCUCUGGAUAUCCUCUCGAAAAAGCGGAAGCAUAUGCGGCUUUAAGAAAACCCUUUCUAGUAAAUGAACUGGAGCCGCAGCACCUUCUUCAUGAUCGAAGAAAAGUAUAUGAGCGUCUUGAAAAGUUUGAAAUCCCUGUUCCAAGAUAUGCCCUUGUAAAUAGAGAAGUGCCAUACCAACAGUUGGACUACUUCAUCGAGGAAGAAGAUUUUGUUGAGGUUCAUGGUAUGCGUUUCUGGAAACCAUUUGUGGAGAAACCUAUUGAUGGUGAUAAUCAUAGUAUAAUGAUAUACUAUCCAAGUUCAGCUGGUGGAGUUAGCAUUUUAGAGUACUCAGCAAAUCAUGAAAGACUGCAGCUGUCUAGUGAGUUCCAUCCAGAGGUGAGAAGAGUGAGGCGUGAAGGAUCCUAUAUUUAUGAGGAGUUCAUGCCAACUGGAGGGACAGAUGUUAAGGUAUAUACAGUUGGCCCUGAAUACGCGCAUGCUGAGGCGAGGAAGUCUCCUGUUGUUGAUGGCGUUGUGAUGAGAAAUCCUGAUGGGAAGGAACAGGCUGGAGUAGCUGACUGGUGUGCAACAGUUAGGUAUCCAGUCCUCCUGACUCCUGCUGAGAAAGAAAUGGCACGAGAAGUUUGCAUUGCUUUUAGGCAAGCGGCAAAGUGUAACAAGGUGCUGAGGCAAGGUGCGUACAACAUUCAGUUGCUUUUGUUGGCUGAGGAACUAUCUUUUCAAUGUCAGGCCACGUGGUCCAAGUCAUCCCUUUUUUUAGUUUUCCACCAUGACCACCAAAAGUGUCACACAUAUGGUGGCCGCCAUUUUAAACCUGCCUUGGCACUAUAUUAUGAUGAUACUGCCUGUGUGCUGCGGAAGAUGUUCUUAGAUGCAAAAGCACCCCAUCUUUCUUCUGCAAUUCCACCAACUUUACCGUGGAAAGUAAAUGAACCAGUCCAACCUUCUGAGGGACUCACUCGUCAGGGAAGUGGUAUUAUUGGCACUUUUGGACAAUCAGAGGAACUACGUUGUGUAAUUGCUGUUAUUCGCCAUGGAGAUAGAACUCCCAAACAGAAGGUGAAGCUAAAAGUUACUGAAGAAAAGCUACUAAACCUAAUGUUGAAAUACAAUGGAGGUCGACCUAGAGCUGAGACAAAACUUAAAAGUGCUGUUCAACUUCAAGAUCUGUUAGAUGCCACACGCAUGCUAGUUCCUCGUACCAGGUAUUUGUUAUGA